UUGCAGUUGCCUAAUGGUAUUUUGGAAGUGCAGAGGCUCCAGACCGGCUGAAGUGAAGGGAACGAGGGGCUGGAAGGCAGCACCGCUCCGCAGCCCGGCCUGACCACACGGCCCAGCUCCUUCUCGCCAAGCCCAGGCAGACAAGAGCAAGUGUAUUACCCUCAGGAGAUGGCCUCUUCCAAGUCUUUGAUGAACAUUCUAACCUUCACAUUUGGAUCAGCAAUAGGAUUUUUCGUAUGCUAUCUUCUAUUUAGCAUUAUUCUAGAAGAACAGGUUAAGAUCCAGCCUUAUGAGGCUCCAGUCCUUCACAAUGAUCCACAUGGCCAGCACUCAGCAGAUACUGAUAAUGGACAGCUGCAAGGUCAAAUGAAUUUCAAUGCGGACUCAGGACAGCAUAAAGAUGAAGAUAAAAAUAUUGCAGAGGGACUGUAUCAGAAGGUGAAGAUACUGUGUUGGGUCAUGACUGGACCUCAAAAUCUGGAAAAGAAAGCCAAGCAUGUUAAGGCUACUUGGGCCCAACGUUGUAAUAAAAUACUUUUCAUGAGCUCUGAGGAAAACAAAGAUUUCCCAACUGUGGGCCUAGAAACCAAAGAAGGCAGAGACCAACUGUACUGGAAGACUAUUAAAGCUUUUCAAUAUGUAUAUGACCAUUAUUUUGAUGAUGCUGAUUGGUUUAUGAAAGCUGAUGAUGAUACUUAUGUUAUAUUGGACAAUUUGAGAUGGCUUCUUUCAAAAUACAGUACUGAACAGCCCAUAUACUUUGGGAGAAGGUUUAAGCCUUAUGUCAAACAGGGCUACAUGAGUGGAGGAGCUGGGUAUGUUCUAAGCAAAGAAGCACUGAAGAGAUUUGUUACUGCCUUUAAAACAAACAAAUGCUCUCACAGUUCCUCUAUUGAAGAUCUGGCACUAGGAAAGUGCAUGGAGAUCCUUAAUGUGGAAGCAGGAGAUUCUAGGGAUACGAAUGGGAGAGAAACUUUUCAUCCCUUUGUUCCAGAACAUCACUUAAUCAGAGGAUACCUACCAAAAACAUUCUGGUACUGGAAUUAUAAUUAUUAUCCUGCUGUAGAGGGUCCCGGAUGCUGUUCUGAUCUAGCAGUUUCAUUCCACUACGUUGAUUCUGUGACUAUGUAUCAGUUGGAAUAUUUCAUUUACCAUCUCCGCCCAUAUGGGUAUUUGUAUCGGUACAAUCCUGAUUUGGCAAAGCAUCCAGAAGAGCAGAGCAAAAGUGAAGCACUGGAGGAUAAUCAAAAGCUAAAGCAAAAAAUUUCUGAGAAUUAAUUGGACUUUGAAGCAAAUGAAGAAGUCAGUACAGUGAAUAAGAUUCGCCUCGAACUCCUGCAUGAAACUUACGGACUGAAAUUAUUCAUGGUGAUUCUUAUUUCAGAAAUCACUUUGGCAGUACUUCCUGUCACUGUCUGACUACAACUGAGUCUGGUGCUGGCUCUGACUGUUCAGGAUAGUGUGACCCUGCAGCCCUGCUCAUGAAGAUUUAGGGUCCUAAAGCUGUGAAGUUGGAGGUUUGUUUGUUACACUAAUAUCUGGAAUAACUUGGAUAUGAACAUAGUGAACAGGUUCAAAGAUAAUCAUACAGUAUUUCUGUUCCUUUUCUGUUCUCUUGUUUCCUUCCAGAUGUUCUAUUGGGUCAGUUCUUGUAUUAGAAGUUGGAUGCUGCACAGUCAAGUACUUCAUGACACCUUUCUCUGGUAUUCUCAAUAUCCUGAAGUUACUUUGUGUACCUUGCCCUAUAAGGAAGGGAGAGGCAUGAAAAUAAGAUCCUCAAGUUUGCUUUGCCUUAAUGGCAGACCUUUGGCAGACUUGUUGUUAUGAGUAGGCAGAGAUCACCCAAAAGAUUACUUUGAAUUGUUGCAGACAUGGAAUUCACCGCUAUGAUUUUUUUUUUAAGUCUCUUUUGUGCAAAACAAUAUGAAGUUGGAUCACCACUAUUUUAAGGGUAAACCCAGAAAUAGUUACUAUUGUAUAAAUUGCUGAGGUAAUGCAAGCUGCUUAUGUAUUUGCCUGUGUUUUUUUUUUUUUUUUAUUAACUUACCUUACUGGUAAAAUGGAUACAAAAAGUCAUCUCAGAAUUUCUCAGCAUAAGGUAGAUACUUUUGAACUAGAAAUCUCUCUUCCAUAACACCUUCUUCAUAACACCUUAUGAACCAGAAAGAAUAGUAUCUUAGCAAAGCUAUAAUGGCAUUAUAAUACCUUGGUUUCAGCUAGCAUUGUAAUUAGUUUGUUUCCAUUUAGUUCGCACAUCACUGUAUUUUGAGACUGUGGACUCACCUCAUUCAUUAACAUUUCGUAGGUACAAACAAGUCCUAUUUUAAAACUGCAGUAAAGCUGAUUUGACUGCUUCUCUACACAUCUAAUUUAUUUGGCUAAAGUACUUAAUUUCACUUUUCUGGAUAUUUUUUCUUCUCCAUUUCUAUAAUCUCUUCUUCAUCUGCUUCUUGUUACCUUUCUCAGAACAAAGUGUUAAGUGAACCUUAUUUCACUCUUUAUGCAGCUGAACUGUGUAUUUAAUCAGGUAAGCCAGCCUGAACGCAGGAAUUUUUCAAAGUGCAUUAACUCUCUCCAGUUAUUUGAGUAUCUCUGCCUCUUAACUGAAAACACUUUCUUGUUAUAGGACAAAAUAGGUGUUUUAAUUACUGAAGAGUAUUCAGAGGUCAAGCCUGUUUUAUAUAGUUAACGUAAAAACUUUGUGUUUUUCUUUUUCAAGUUGAGUGAAUAGCAGUAUGGGGGAUAGGGUUAAGCUUCACAUGUAGUGUGUCUUUAUUCCACACUUGAACAGAAGUUUCUUCAUCUUUUUAUCACUUUUCACCUUCAUCAUAUUGAUGAAUUUGGACAUAACCUAAUUACCUCCAGUCAUUCUUUUGGAAAGGGCACAUGCUGGUAGCAGACAGCCUUAUUUACUGCUGCUGUCCUUCAGGAUGUUCCUGGAAGAGGAUUUAACAAAGUACUGGAUUUUUUUUCCAAAGAUAGUUCUUGUAGAGAUUGGGGUCUAUCUGUUGUCCUUGCAGACCAUUGCUCUGCAGCAUGAUGGCAAUUACUGGUGAGUUGAAGUGUUACAUACAUCUGCUCUGCCUCACUAUAGGUGAGGUUCACGUAUCCAGUAUUAGUUGAACAAAUAGUUCCUGCAGGGAUAAAUCUGUUGGUCUUUUAUGAGCAAGACUGCCUCUGAAGUACCAAAAGGGACAUGAGCUUUAUUUUAUGUUAAUUGACUUAAGUAGAAAAUUAUUACAGUAUUUGUUUAAAAUAGGAAAAAGUCUCCAGCUGUAGUUGUAGGGAUGCUUGUCCGGAGGAUGGAUGGUACCUUGCUGAAAAGUGCUUCCUUCUGUGAGCUAAAUGUUUAUCCCACAUGCAGCAAAACCAGUAAUAUUGUGAAAUCCAUACGAUGUUGGUAGCUCCAGUGGGCAUUAUUCAAACAUGAAAUUAAAAUUUUUUGAAAUGCUUCAAGAAGUUACAAAAUCAAAUCACGAUCUCAAAUCAAGAUCCCAAGUUAUUAUCCUUGUAAAUUCAGCACAUGUAAAUGAUCAACCCAACUACUGUACUUCUCCUUUAUUGACACUUGCCUCAGUUCAGCCUUGGGAAGUUAAAAAUUUUCUUCUGCAACAGGCAGAACUAAUCUUGCAUAUUUUCUGUAGAUCUGUGUCCUGUGUUUACCCCAUGCUGCCCAGUGAAGUGACAGAAUUUUCUCUUAUGUUUUCUUAUAUUCUGACUAUCCUGUCUCUGGGGUUUUGAUUUCCUCUUAUGUAAGAAUUGAGUGGGUAAGAGGAAGCAGCUGGUGAGAUGUUUGAGUUCUACACAGUUUGGUUGCUGAGGUGGCAGUCAGACCCCAGCUAUUGCUGAGCUCAAGGUGAAGCCUUUUCUCAGCAGCAGUUCUGAUUUUCAUCUGGUGCCAAGACCACCGGGGCUGUGGUCUUAGCAGUGCAGGCAGGGAUGUCCCUUUCCACAAAACAUGCAAGACCUCAGAGGAAAGGGAGAAAUAAGUAAAGUUCAAUUUAUUGAGGGAGUAAGACUAAGAACUUGCAACCUUGUGAUAAAUAGGUGGCCUAUCUGGAAAAAUAGCCUUUUUUUCAAGCAUCCGUUCUCUCUCUCUCUCUUUUUUUUUAUUUUUUUUUUUAUUUUUUUUUGGUUUUUUUUUUUAAGUGUCCUUGCUCUUAGGCCUCUGAGUCAAUUUCUUUUGCCUUUCUAGCAGCACUACAAUGAAUUCUUUUUUUCCUUCCAGACAAGCUAGAAGAAUUAUCAGCUUUACAUUCUGUGAUUAUAACAGAGAACUGUUCUUCUCUGAUGAAUUGCAUUGCCAUAACAAUAAGCUGAUACCUCUGAAAUAAUUGAAAUAAUUAGUUUGUAUUUCACUACUUUCAAAAGCUUCAGUAAGACAAGGUUGGAAUGGGAACAGUUAGCAUAAUUUUCAUGCACACUAUUACCAGCAGUAUGUUAAUUCACUCUCAGGCCUUUGUGCUUUGAGAAACUGUUGAGUUUGAGUAUUUCUGCAGCACAAAGGGUCUAUAGUAUUUCAGGUGGAUAGACCUUUCUGAAGCACAGUGACAUAGGCUAUACCAAUUAUUGCUGUGGGUUUGUUUUGCUUUGAUUCUAAAAGAAGAUUCUUAAUUGUAUAAAAUCUAAAAGUUUCCAUUGGCACCACAGUGGAAUCUGAGAAUUUUUAACUAGUUUCCUUGAAAUUACUGAGGAGCAGUUUGCACUUUGGUGUGGGAGUGUCAGUGUAACAGUAACGUUUUAACCUUGUAUUAGUGGGAAUGAGAAGGAAUGAGAAUGCCGAGAAGUUACUCUCUGGUCGUUGUUCUUAAUCAGAGGAAAGUAUUAAUCUUUGCUUGUACAAAACGAUCAAUUUUAAUCUUCUUUCACUCCCAGUUCAUUUUUGCAGUCUGGAUUGGUCUUAUUUAUGAUGUUAAAUGCUGGUGUUAACAUGAGCUCUUCUGUUGCAGAAGCUCUUUUUGCAAUACCUUUUGGCUUUAAGGACACUUUCUUUAUUUUGAUUUGGUGGGGGUAUAUUGAUGACUUUUUCUUCACAUGUUGCCAUUUUUCUCCUGUACUUCCAGAAGCAUAAAUUUUAGUGAGCAGCUGAUAGACCUCUUAUAAACAGUUUGCUAUCUGAGCAGGGUGUUUCAUCUUGGUACGAGAGCAGAAUGUGGAUUAUUUUCUGAUAUACCUGCUACUGUUGUUGAUAGUGCACGCACAGAUGAAAAUCCCUCAAUACAGGACCACUUGGAAAGGCAGUUUUGUCCUUUUUCUGUCAAUAAUAGCUUCUGUGGAAUUCCAAAAGUGUAACUUGCUUUGUUUUACCAUAAUGUAUUUAAAAUAUUCAGCAAAUGUUAUUAAUGCUUGAGAAGAAUUGAAUAUUGCUGCUGGACAGUAUGCUCCACUGAAAACCUGUGAAUGUUUCACUUGGCAGUUAUAGGUAGUCAUGUCCCUAAUGGCAGAUGUAAGAUGGUGACUUGUCUGGAAUGAUCACCUUAAGGGUUUGUUUCUUAAAUACCUUCUUUGAAGUGCCUUUGACUAAUUUUUAGCAUCAAAAUUAAGUUGAGAAUUAAAUAAGUUAUGUCAUACA